UAUGUCUGCUUCUAAGAUCUUUUAUUCACCUUCACGUUCUAACGUUUCAAAUGUGUAAGCUUAUGGAGGAGAUAGAGCUUUGUCACCUAGCAGAGCCAAAAUCUCUUAAUUAUCAGAAAAAUUAUCUAAUUUAUAACACUCAAUUGAUGAAGAUUAGGCUGUAACAAUAUAUUGCUAAUACUAAAUAGUUUAAAAAAGAAACAUUUGAAAGUAAGGUUAAGAUAUUAGAAGAUAAGGCUACAAAAUAAGCAUAGGCAGAUGACUCAAAGUUUAAGUUAUUAAAGGAGUAGCUUUAAAAAGUUGAAGAGGGGGCUUAGAAUGAGAAAAUAAUUAGAGAGGUAAUUACUAUUUAUUAGAAUAGGCUGGUGAUGAAAAAUUAAGAUCCAAAGAUUUAAAAGGUUUAGAAGGUUUUUUAAACAGAGAAUUAUAAUAAGAAAAAGUAAACAGGAAGGAUUUUGAGGGAAAAAUUAUCAAGAACACUGAUGAUAAAGUUUACAGUUUGAGAUUGGAUUUGGCUAGAUAAAAAAAAUAUAGAGAAGAAACAGAGGAGAAAAACGCUUAAGAAAUAGGAGAUCGAGUUUUGUAAUUAUAAGAGGAAGUAGAAGAAGAGAGAAGAUAACGGUAAUUUUCUAUUUUUACUUUUAUAGUGAAUAAUAAAAUUAGAACACUAUUAAACGAUUAGGUGAUUCCAUUCUCAAAUUAUAAGAAAUUUUAACUACUGAAAAGAAAUAAAGGGAACAGGCCCAAGGUUAAAUGUUCAGAAUGUUAGAUGAAAUGAAUCACUAUUUAAAUAGCGAAUUGUCAAAUGAGAAAAAUGAAAGAGAAGCAACUGAAGAAAGUCUCAUCAACUUAAUUGAUUAAACAUGCAACAGAGUAGAGAAUUCAUUAAGAAAAUGA